AUGCGCAAAGGCGCCGCCGCUGCCAAGCGACUACAAUUGCAGCAGCUGCGCCAGCAACAGCAGCAACUGCUGCUCGCCACGGAUGUCGCAACGGCAACGUCAUUGUCGUUGUCAGCGUCGCCAUCAUCUCGUUUAGCCGCGGCACUGAUAUCCUCAGCGGUGGCUCUGAGUGCUGCAUCAACAUCGGCCGCGGCUGCCACGGCGAGCCUUGUAAAUAAUCAUCAUCAAAGCCAUAUGCAACAACAACAACACAGUUUGUCACGCUCUCACUAUCAGCAACAGCAACAGGCACAGCAGCAAUCACAGCACUUGCUACACCACACAGCACAGCAACAGCAACAAUCACAUCAGCACUCGCACCACAGACAUCACCAUCAUCAUCACCACCAUCAUCAUCAGCCAAAUCAUUCACAUAACCAUCAUCAGUGUCGCUCCAAACGCAAACUACAAAAAUUGUAUUAUACGCUUUGCCGUUAG